AUGGACUACUCCUCGAUAACUAACGAUCCUGAUCCUACCGACUCGUCACCAUGGGGCUCUACCUCUCCACGAGCUGCACGGCCAUUUUCUGCCAGCAGUGACGUCCCUCCAGCGUUCCCCUCGCAGCAUCAAUCGCCCUAUACCACCGACCAAGAAGGACCAUACCAGCACAACGGCGAAGGGAGCGAGAGAGUUCACUCUCCAGGUGUAUCGGAUCAUCCUGCGGAUUCUCAUCCUGUAGGUUCUCCUGAGGCACAAGCAGCAUACCGGCAUGACAGCCAACAUCAGCAGGAGUACAGGCAGCAACAGCAACGAUCGCAGGCUCCAUCGAGAUAUCAAACCGGAGCUCGACAGCAGGCUAGACCAAAUGCACCUAAGUAUAAACUACAGGCUAAGGUUACGGCACUGGAACGCACAGGGAAGAGAGACCCUGUAAUUCGAUUUGAUGUUCACACGAAUAUCCCUAAGUUCCGAACUACACAGUUCCGAGAUGUCCGGAGAACUCACUCUGAAUUUAUCAAGCUUGGAGAUCACCUAAUAUCGUCGAAUCCAGAGGCGUUGGUGCCUGCUGUCCCCCCUCCGCUUACUCCCGCUGGCGCUGGUACCGAAGAAGACGAGGUACGCGUUAAGGCUUCGAUGCAACGAUGGCUCAACUAUGUAUGCAGCAAUGAUGUUUUAAUGGUCGACGACGAAAUGAUCCUUUUCGUCGAGAGCGAUUCCGGGUACAGCCCCGUCGUCCGGAUGAAGCAGCCUGCCACCGGCGUACGACGGAAGGUUCUAAAGCAAUUUGCACCACCUCCUGAUGAUACACCAGAGCUGCACGAUGCACGUCCAGUGGUAAAGCUGUUCUACCUUGGGACCAUGGAGGCUGGUCAGAAGGUAGACCGGGUAGUAAAGGCUAGAAGAGCACUUGCUCUUGCGGAGUCUGACCUUGGAGUCAAACUUGGACAAAUGCAUGUUCAAGAGACUCAUGCUGGGCUUGCCAAUGCCUACAAGAAGCUCGGCAAAAUUAUUCAAACCACCGGAGACUACCAUGCUGCUCAGGGCACCGCUGAAGCCACCACUCUAGGCGAUCCUUUGAACUACCACUCGUCGGACGCUUUCAUCGUGAAGGAAACACUAACGAAUCGACAUAUCCUACUUCGUGAAUUGAUUCAGGCGCAGCAAACGGCUAGCAGUAAGCGAGCCGCAGCAGACCGCCUGAAAGCCAGCACCUCCGUACGCCCUGAUAAGGUGGACGAAGCCAUAAGCGCCCUAGAUGAUGCUCGAGGCCACGAGGAAUACUUAUUGAAGAAAACCCAGCGGGUUACUAACAAUCUCCUACAGGAGAAGCGCCGCUGGUUCAAUCGAACCGCAAACGAUCUACUACUCAGUCUCCGCGAAUAUACUCUCCGAGAGAUCGAGGCUGAACGCAGAACCUUGAGCACCCUAGAGAGUGUUCGUGCAGAUAUCCGCUCCAUUGACUCUUCCGGAGGUUUGAGUCGUUUGGGCCGUGAGUCCCACCCAGCUGCUAGACGAGCAAGCCUGGCUUCUAGCCAGGGUCCGAAGGGAGAUGCAUGGAGCGGUGUCGCUCGUCGUGGGGACAGUCUAAGCAGGAGUAUCAGCGGAAGUUUCGUGGCUCCGGUGCCAGAGGUUGAUGAUGACGUAAAUGGAACUAUCCACGGAACAGGCAGAAGAUCCCGCAGUGGAACCAUCAUGGAGGAAGACGACGACCGGGUCGAUGCUAAAAAUGCUGCCAGUCGACUGGCUGCCAGUACGUUCUAG